CGCGUCACGUGAAAGGGAGCGAGCGAGAAAGAACCAGCCUGUCAGCCAGCCAGCGCGAGGGCAAAUUCUGGUUGCCGCGGGACACCGCCGGUGGUAGAGGCCGGGAGCUGCGUCACACAGCGGGGGGGCCGCCAUCUUGGAAAGCCAGCCAUGGGGCAGUGCGGGGUCAUCUCCUCCAAGACCGUGCUGGUCUUCCUGAACCUCAUCUUCUGGGCAGCGGCAGGCAUUUUAUGUUAUGUGGGAGCCUAUGUUUUCAUCACCUACGAUGACUAUGACCACUUUUUUGAAGAUGUGUAUACCCUGAUUCCAGGUGUAAUAAUCAUAGCUGCAGGAGCCCUCCUGUUCAUCAUUGGUUUGAUUGGCUGCUGCGCCACAAUUCGAGAAAGCCGCUGUGGAUUAGCAACAUUUGUGAUCAUCCUUCUUUUGGUGUUUGUAACGGAAGUUGUUGUAGUAGUCCUUGGAUACAUCUAUAGAGCAAAAGUGCAAGAUGAAGUUGAUAAGAGCAUCUCAAAUGUAUUCCAGCAGUACAACAGCGUAUCCCCCGACUCAGCCAGCCGGGCCAUCGAUUAUGUCCAAAGGCAGUUACACUGCUGCGGAAUCCACAACUUUUCAGAUUGGGAGAAAACCCCCUGGUUUAUUGAAGCAAAAAACAACAGUGUUCCUCUAAGCUGCUGUAAAGAAACAGCUUUCAACUGCACAGGAAGCAUGAGCAGGCCUGGGGACCUGUACUCCGAGGGUUGCGAGGCACUAGUUGUUGAGAAAUUACAACAGAUAAUGAUGUAUGUGAUUUGGGCAGCACUGGCAUUUGCUGCAAUACAGCUCCUGGGAAUGCUGUGUGCCUGCAUUGUUCUUUGCAGAAGAACUCGCGAUCCUGCCUAUGAACUGCUUAUAACUGGCGGUACCUACGCAUAAGAUACACCAGGCUUUCUUGACCCUUGUGCUUUGGAUCCUUAACCCUACCUGUCCAAGAGGGCACUGCAGUGGGAUGCAGGCUCCCCUUGUCUACCUUGACUUCACACAGCUGAUGUUAUCUUCAAACUGACUGUUUAUCUCUGCCCUCGGCCUGUCACUUUAGUAGAGUUUUUAUUUUAUGCUGAUUUUUAGGUUUUAGCAUUGGUAGUUGUUGUUAGUUGUAUAAUAGCAAAGGAAAGCAGCAUUGUGGCAUAAUUAUUGCUCUGUGCCCACUCUAAGUAAAAACCUGAGCCAGCGUUCAGAGCAGUGCCUUACAAAAUGCUGUGGAGUGUGAGUGCUUGCUGCACUUACGGCUCUUCUGGUAUUACUUAUUGAUGUUUGUCACCUGCAUCAUUCCCUUGUGUCAUACACAUAGAGGGCCUCUCACACCGCAGACAACAUCAGUAUUGCUUAAACCACCUGAAUGGGACUGGAAAGGUACGAUAUGUAUUGUCGACAACUUUGCCUGUUACUUUUAGGAUAAUGAAGAAAUGUUUAAUCCAUAUAUGGAUUGUAUGAUGUGAAUUAUCUGAGAUAAUUGGGUCUCGUUGAUGUCUUAUGGCUUAUCCAUCAUGUGUGAUGAUACUACUGAAAGAGUCAAAUUCUCUCUCUUUGACUCCUUUAUGGGGAAAAAAGUGUUUUCAAAAUGCUAUAAAACACUGUCUACAUCUGUUUUCCUUGUGAUAAAGACUGGGUUUCAAUAUACUUUAAUUUGCAGUGACCUAAGAGGUUUUGAUAAUUGCUUUCAAUGUUCCAGAGAUUAAGUCCUCUCUUUUAACCCUUUAAGCAUUCUGUGGUGUGCAGUGAGGCGCUCGGAACACUUGGCACCCAAAGAGUUAAUAUGCACCAAGUAGUUAAUGCUUUUACCUGCAAUGCUGCUUUAACAUAUACCUGCAAACAGGGUAGGAAGCAUGUGUCCCUUUACUAAGAACCUUCGUAAAUAAAGCCCCGUUUUAUUUCUCUGUCUCCAAUUUAGUUUUAAUAUAAAACAUAUAAACUGUUGCUUCAUAUGAAACAAGCCAUUGAUUUUGGCUUAUUUAUCCAGUACUGCAAGGAGGCCGUUGUAAACUGAAAUUGGAAUACACACAGAGAGGAGGAGAGAUCCUUGGUGUAAGGACCUGCCUUCUCUAACUGGACUGCACACUGGAGACUAUUAGCACUCUAUAUUGAGAUAGAACAUUCUAUGGCUUAUCACCAUGCUUUUGAAAAUUAUUCCCCCCCUCCCUAUUUAAAGCUGAGCAGGUCAAUUUCCAAAACCUAAUUUUUCUGCAAAUCAUAUGUACUACUGUUAAUGUUGUUUUUUUCCCUCCCUUACCUUGUUUCCCACUGUACUUCGGAUGGUGCAAACAUUAGAAAUGUAGAUAUAUCUUGAUACAUUUUCCGUAACUGGAACUGACCUGUAAAUAGUGACUGAUUCAAUAAAACAUCCACCCGAAAACAAAAA